UCCACUCACACCAGCGCAACACACUGGUCAGUGCAUCUAAAAUCAUGAUGACUGACAGUUACUUGGGUGGAGUCGGCUGUGUUGGAAUCAUUCCUCUUUAGGAAACACUACAGUGAGGACACGAAUAAGGGAGGAAAACUACAAAAUGUGCUCUGCAUUUCAGUCUUAAAGGCACAGUAACAAAGUCUGUUUAAUGGUUAAGGAUAAUGAGGUGUUGGAAAACGGUCCUGUGAGGAGGACCCGUGACUUUUUCUUGGCCGGCGAAGCCACACAGACAUCGUAACUGAACGUCAGAGAAAAGUCGCCGCGUGUGAAGCUGUGAAGUCAUCAUGUCGACGAAGAAAGAGUUGGGCGGCGAUGACCGCUUCGGUCGGAUCAAGAAGGACCCUCGCUUCUGGGAGAUUCCGGACGUGGAGAAAAAAGUCCGGAUCGACAAGAGAUUCCAGUCCAUGUUCCACGAUGAGCGGUUCAAGCUGAAGUACACAGUGGACAAACGCGGCCGGCCGGUCAGCCACACGUCCGCGGAGGACCUCAAGCGCUUCUACAAGCUGUCCGACUCUGAGGGGUCUGACGGAGAUGAAGAGGAGGAGGAAAAGACGAAGAAGAAAGAGGAGAAGAAAAAGAAGACGAAAGGGGAGGUGGAGCCUCAGCAGGACGAAGGGGAGGAGAGUUUAAAGAAGGACAGAAAGGCUGUAAAACUCACAGAAAAGGCUGGGAAGCCUAAAACAGGACCUGCCAAAGGAGUGAGAGUGAUGGAGGAAGGAGAGGAGGAUGAAGAUGAUGACGAAGAAGAGGAAUAUAGCGACAAAGGAUCAGGUCUUUCUGCCGAUGAUGAUGAUGAUGAAGGUGGUAGUGAUGAAGAAGAUGAUGAAGACGAGAGUGAUGAGGAUGAGGAAGACAGCGACAGUGACAGUGGUCCUGAUUUGGCCAGAGGAAAAGGAAACAUCGAGACCAGCUCGGAAGAGGAGGAGGAGGAGGAGGAGGAUUAUCUUCGUCGUGAGGAAGAGGAGAUUGAGCACGACUGGGGGGAGAUGUGGAAGGACGCUCCACGGUCAGAGGAGAUGAGUCGGAGGCUGGCGGUGUGUAAUAUGAACUGGGACCGGAUUAAGGCUAAAGACUUGCUGGCUCUCUUAAAUUCAUUCAAACCAAAAGACGGAGUGGUGCUGUCGGUGAUGAUCUACCCAUCUGAGUUCGGUAAGGAACGGAUGAAGGCAGAACAAACUCAGGGACCGCUGGAACUGACCUGCCUGCCGGACGACCCAGACGCAGACACAGAAGAACAAAGGAUCUACAGGGAGAAGGUGCGAGAUUACCAGUUUAAGCGUCUGCGUUAUUACUACGCCGUGGUGGAGUGCGACUCUGUGGAAACAGCCACCAAGCUCUAUGAGGAGUGUGAUGGCUUUGAGUACGAGAGCAGCUGCUCCACGAUGGACCUGCGAUUCAUUCCUGACGACGUCACGUUUGAUGAAGAGCCCAAAGACAGAGCGACAGACGUGGACUUGUCCACCUACCAGCCCAAACUCUUCAGCUCCACUGCAACCACUACUGCGAAGGUGGAGCUGACAUGGGACGAGACGGAUCACGAUCGAGUGACUGCCCUCAGUAAGAAGUUCAGUAAGGACGAGCUGCUGGAUAUGGACUUCAAGGCCUACCUCGCAUCCUCCAGUGAGGAUGAGGAGUUCGAAGAGGAAGGAGUAGUUCAGGAAGAGGAGACGACGCUUGCGGAGAGCUCGGCGAAGGAGAAGAGAGGGAAGAAAGGAAAGAAGGAAGAAGAGCAGAUCGCUAAAUACCGUGAGCUACUGCAGGGCAUCCAGGAUAGAGAAAAGAAGGAGAAGGACAAGGACAUGGAAAUGGAGAUCACAUGGGUGCCGGGGUUGAAGGAGACCACCGAGAAGCUGGUGAAGAAAAAAUUGGAAGGCAAAGACAAACUGACUCCAUGGGAGGAGUUUCUGGAGAAGAAGAAAGAGAAAAAGAAAGAGAAGAGGAAAGGAAAGAAGGACGCCGAGGCUGAAGCUGUUAUCAGUGAUGAUGAACUUCCUCCUGAUGUUGACCUCAAUGACCCGUUCUUCUCUGAAGAACUGGACGGCUCUGCUGGAGCGUCCCAGAAAAACAAGAAAACGAAGAAAAACAAGAAAGGGGAGGAGCAUAGAACACCAGAGGAGGAGGCGGAGUUAGAGAAGCAGAAGGCUGAAAUGGCUCUUCUGAUGGAAGACGAUGAUGAACAGAUGCACCAUCAUUUUAACUAUGAUAAGAUUGUGGAGCAGCAGAACCUGAGCAAGAAGAAGCAGAAGAAGCUGCUGAAGACCAACACGCUGCUGGAGGAGGACAACUUCCAGGUGGAUGUGCAGGACCCUCGCUUCCAGGCCAUGUUCACAUCCCACCUUUACAACCUGGACCCAUCAGACCCGGCAUACAAGAAGACCAAGGCCACUCAGAGCAUCGUGGAGGAGAAGCAGAGGCGCAGAGAGGAGCAACAGCAGCAGUAUGGCCAGGAGGCGCUAAAGAAACAAAUGUCUGAGAAACCCAACAAGAACACGUCUGAGCCAGAGAACGCCAGCCGUGCUGCGGAUUUGACAUCACAGAAAGUCAUGGACCCCAGUCUGUCUAUGCUUAUUAAAUCUGUUAAGAACAAGACUGAGCAGUUUCAGGCCCGCAAGAAACAGAGGACAAAAUAGAACUGCAAGAUGGAAAAAGACAAACGAGUUUUAUUGAUCUUCGUCCUGUGUGGACGCACAAGAUUUCAGCCAGAAUCAGAAUGAACCACCCUGAACUGGAUUAAACUGGCUCAUCUCCACAGUAACUGCUGUUUUGUUGUUAGAUUCUUUGUCUCGUGCCUAAAGUACGAGGUUUUUGUUGAAAUAAAUCACAGUUCCUUUUGUAUGGGAGUGGGCUUUGAUUCAGAAACCCUCAAUUAAAGGGGAUGUAUCAUGAAAAAAUACAUUUUCCUUGGAUGUUUUUAAAAAUAAACCAGGCGUAUCAAACUG